AUGGACAGAAGGCCGUCCGGAACGGACCACGAGCCCCUGCAGCCCGCGCACGACGGCAAGCGGAAGAAGAAGAGUGUUUGCCAGCAGAGCUCUUGUACCAAGAAGAGCAGCAAAGCCGAUGCGCGACGCGCGCGACAGGACAGCAACUGUCGAAGCGGUCGUCGUAGCGCUGACGCAGCAGCUUCGAGCUCAGUGACUUCUGCCGCACUGGCGUUCAGUACGAACACGAACGAGCUCUCCUCGCGUCUUUACUGGAUCUUGGACGAAGCCAAUGUGCCGGCACUUGCUGUGGACGCGACGGGCACUGUGACGUUCUGGAACCAGCGGCUGGUACAGCUCUCGGGAUUCUAUGCCGCUGACGUCGUUGGCCGCUUAGUUACGGAGCUCAUCAGCCCUUCACAUUGUGCUGAAGUGACGCGUAGACUGGAGGAAGCUCUUGCUGACGUGAACGUGACCGUGCGAAACGUAGAGCUGGAGCUGGGAAGCGUGAAGCUUUUGGUAAACUUGACGGCCGACGUGGACGAGACUGAAGUGGCUCGUGUUGUGGCUAUUGGUCAAGACAUUACGAUAAAGACGAAGCAAGAGCGACGGGACGCUCAAGUCGCUCCGCAAGUGGGUACGUCGAUUUUCGAGGUCGAUCGGGACGGACGGAUUGUUCGAUGGCAUAAGAAGGCAGAAAUGUUUACGGGUUACAGGAUGGACCAAGUUGUGGGUGCCCCGUUCAUUGACUUGGUACAUGGAGACGAUGGUGAGGCCGUGAGCGAAGUUCUGGCCCGUGCUGCAUCAACCAACACGUCGGUAUCAGAGCUGAUGUUGUCGCUGAAAACGGCCAAGGGCGCGUACGUUAAGUUGUCGCUGAGUCUCGCGCCGCAUAUCAGUUGGGGUGAUGGAGGUGCUGGAGUUGUUGACCGCAUGGUUGCGUCUUGUAAGAACGAGUCGAUGUGCAGCGCGAGUGAUAGGGCGUACAGCAAGCUUGUGGAUUUGGCUAAUGUACCGAUUUUUGGCAUUGAUACAAAAGGAUGCGUCGUGAUAUUUAACAAGAAAGCUGCACAAGUUAGCGAGUACUUACCGGGCGAGGUCGCAGGUGUUGAUCUGGUGCUGUGUUUGGUCCACGAAGACCAUCGUGAGGAGGCGACAGUAGUUUUUGAAAAGGCGCUACGCGGUAUCGAGACUGCAGACUUUGAGCUCGCUAUGAUCACGAAACACGGCCAAACGGUAAAGAUGUUGUUGAGUGUUAUGCCACGCUACGACCUUGCUGGAGAAGUUAUUGGUGUGAUUGGCACAGGUCAGGAGGUCACAGAGCGAGUCGUGCAGGAGCACGAGUACACUCGCCUCAUUGAUAAAGCAAAUGCUCCUAUCGUAGGUGUGGACAAAAACCUUCGUGUGACGAUUUGGAACAAGAAGGCAGCAACCAUCACUGAUUAUUCGUAUGUGCAGGCGAUGGGCAAGGACCUUCUCGGGUUCAUUGCGGAGCAUGCGCGUGACACAGUAGCAGACGUGCUAUCGAAGGCUAUGGAGGGCAUUGAGACUGCGAAUUUCGAGUUUCCGCUAGUGACAAAGAGCGGGCGUCAGCUAGACAUUUUGCUGAACACUACGCCGCGCUUUGAUCAGAGCGGCGAAAUCACAGGCGUUGUAGGUAUCGGACAGGACUUCACUGAUCAGCGUGCCCAGGAAGAAGAGUACAUUCGAUUGAUUGAUACGGCCAACGCGCCGAUAUUCGGCAUCGACAUGGAUGGUCGCGUCGACAUUUGGAACCGAAAAGCUGUGGCCAUCACGGAGUACACGGUGCUGGAAGCCCGAGGAACACGUCUUGUUGAAAGCUUCAUCCCACUUGACCACCGCGCUGGAGUGGCAGCCGUGAUGUCGAAGGCCAUGGACGGGGAAGGCACCGCUAACUUUGAGUUCCCGCUGAUCACGAAAACCGGUCGACGCGUAGAUAUUUUGCUGAACGCUACGCCACGUUACAACCAGCACGGCGAUAUCGUGGGUGUUGUAGGAAUCGGCCAGGAUAUCACAGAGCGUAUCGUGCAAGAGCAGGAGUACAGUCGCUUGAUCGACACAGCCAACGCACCCAUUUUCGGUGUCGAUAUGACAGGCCUUGUCAAUAUUUGGAACAACAAAUCUGCAGAGAUUACGCAGUUUACUGCUGAUGAGGUCAUUGGAAAGGAUCUGGUGCAAGAAUUUAUAUCGGAAGGCUAUCGCUCUGCCGUAGGUCUAGUGCUGUCGCAAGCGCUAAACGGUGUGCAGACAGCCAACUUCAACUUUCCCCUGAUUACCAAGUCCGGGCGCCGCGUGGAAAUAUUGCUGAAUGCUACUCCACGGUACAAUGAGUUGGGUGAAAUCGUUGGUGUCGUAAGCAUUGGCCAGGACAUUACGGAGAGAAUCGCGCAGGAGCAUGAAUAUAGCCGUCUGAUUGAUACAGCUAACGCGCCUAUAUUCGGAGUGGACAGUGAAGGUCGUGUUAACAUCUGGAACAAGAAGGCUGCUGAGAUAAUGCAGUAUUCUACUGACGAGGUUCUUGGCGAGAAUCUUGUGGACAAGUUCAUUACCGAAGACUACCGUGACGCUGUUGGUGCAGUUUUGUCAAAAGCUCUUGGUGGCUUCGAAACCGCAAACUUUGAGUUUCCACUUGUGACAAAAGCGAAUCGCCGAGUCGAGAUUUUACUUAAUGCCACACCUCGGUUCAACGAACAUGGGAUAGUUAUAGGCAUGGUAGGCAUUGGUCAGGACAUUACGGAUCGGAUCGCACAGGAGCAGGAAUACGCGCGAUUGAUCGAGAAAGCGAAUGCGCCGAUUUUCGGCGUCGACGCGCAAGGCCUGAUCAACAUCUGGAACCAUAAGACGGCUGAGAUGACACGUUUUUCGAAGGAGGAAGCGAUCGGCAAAGACUUGAUAAGCUGGGCUAUUCCGGAAGAGUACCGCGAUGCCACGGAAACGAUCUUGUGGAAAGCUCUAGAGGGUGAUGAAACGUCGAAUUUUGAUGUCGAGCUGAAGAAAAAGGAUGGCCGCACCGUGAAUAUCCGAAUGAAUGCGACCGCAAGAUUUGACCAGCACGGUGAAAUUGUGGGUGUGGUAGGAAUUGGCCAGGACUUGACUGAUCGCAUUGUGCAGGAGCAAGAGUAUACACGUCUGAUUGACACAGCCAACGCGCCGAUCUUUGGCGUCGAUGCAAACCUUUGCGUGAACAUCUGGAACAAGAAGGCUGCUCAGAUCACGAAAUACUCUACAGCAGAAGUGAUUGGUGAGAAUUUAGUGGAGACUUUCAUCUCGCCAGAGUAUCGGCCAAUCGUGGCGGACGUGUUCAGCAAAGCUCUAAACGGCAUCCAGACAGCAAACUUCGAGUUUCCACUAAUCACUCGACCGGGCACACGAAUCGAGAUUCUUUUGAACGCGACCCCGCGAAAUGAUAUGCAUGGCAACAUCGUCGGCGUGGUUGGCAUUGGCCAAGACAUCACCGACCGUAUUGCGCAAGAACACGAAUACUUUCGACUGAUCGAUACGGCAAAUGCUCCGAUUUUCGGCGUGGACACGUUCGGGUGCAUCAACGAGUGGAACCAGAAGAUCGAGGAGAUUACGGGAUUCCACAAGUCGACCGUCCUAGGGCUAUCGCUGGUGGAUGCAUUUAUCAAUGCUGAAAACCGUUCCGAAGUGCGCAAGCUACUGAAUCAGGCGUUGAUUGGCAUCGAUGUCGAGGAGAUGGAACUGCCUAUGACGACUGUUGCUGGACGGUCAUUGUUGUUGCUCGUCAAUGCAUCGAGUAAGAAGGAUAUGCACGGCAACAUUCGCGGUGUAAUUGGAGUGGGUCAAGAUUACACCGCAAAGAAGCAUAUGGAAGCGGCUAAAGUCAAUUUUCUGGCUUCUUUCAGUCACGAGCUGAGAACGCCUCUGAACGGUGUGCUGGGUAUGCUCGAACUGUUGCGCGACCAAAAGCUGGACAAGACGUCUGAGCGUUACGUGCACAUUGCGUACAUUUCUGGGUCGCUGCUGCUGAACCUGAUCAACGACAUUCUCGACUUGUCGAAAAUCGAAGCGGGGCAUAUGGAAAUAUCAGCAGACCCGUUCGAGAUGGAGGACUUGCUCGAGUACUCGAUGGCAAUAUUUAAGUUCAAGGCUCGUGAGAAACACAUCAAGCUUACGCUGGAAUGCUCUCCUAAGGUCCCGAAGCGAGCAAUCGGUGAUGUGAGUCGACUCCGGCAGGUGGUGUUGAACCUGCUUUCGAAUGCCAUUAAAUUUACGAACGAAGGAUCGAUCACGGUUCGUUGCAAUAUGGUCCCAUCACCGGACCUUCCGAAGGAUUGCGUGAAGUUGUUGUUCCAGGUCAUUGACACUGGCGUCGGCAUGGAUGAAGAGGAAAAGUCACGAUUGUUUUCACUCUUCACAAAGCUUGAGCGCACACGCAAGAACAACCCCACGGGUUCUGGCUUGGGCCUCGCGAUUUGCAAACAGCUCGUGGAGCUCAUGGACGGCGACAUUGACGUUGAGAGUGAGCUCGGCGUGGGCUCAGAUUUCUUUUUCACGGUUGUCGUGCGCCGACUUGAUGAAGACGAUCUUGUUCAGAAGCUGCCAGCUGCCCUGGCCGCCGAUACGGCCGCUGCACUGUCUACUGGAAGGCAUAACGCGUCUACGUUGGAGCUGGUGCCUAAGCAUGCUCGCAUUUUGGUGGUGGAGGACAAUGAGUUUAAUUGGGAAGUUGUCAAGAGUUUUUUUAUGGAAGACAACCAUUUGCUUCAGUGGGAAACAAAUGGCUUGGAUGCUUAUCAGAUGUACCAGGACCAUCACGAUUCGUACGACAUUGUGCUGAUGGAUUGUGAAAUGCCCAUCAUGAAUGGGUACGACUCCACUCGCAACAUUCGUAUCUUUGAGCAGCAACAUGACCUUCCCCACAUCCCUAUCAUUGGCGUCACAGCAUACGCUAUGAGUGGCGAUCGCAAGAAGUGCCUUGACGCAGGAAUGGAUGAAUUCAUCGUCAAACCUGUUUCAAAAACCGAGUUACGAAAGGCUAUUCGUAAAUGGAUGCGUGUUCGCUACCUAGACCAACAUUGCACUCGAUCACGCGUUGAGUCUCUGGAAACGACUAGCACCGACGCAUUAUGCAGCCUAGGUGCCGUCAACUUGGUGGCAGCAUCUAGACACGAAGAAAAGCUCGACCUGGAUCGGGCCAUCUCAGACCUAGAACUGGAAGACCCAAUGAUGAUCGGCCAGCCUGGUGGAAUCCAGACAGUUGCAGGGUCUGAGGCGUUGCUAAUGUCGCUCACCACCAUUAGCGAGAGCAAGAGCAACCAAUCAGCGAGCUCGGGAACUCUUGGAUACACGAUCGGGCCACUGGAUAGUCUAACAACGACUGUCGUGCUGCCAAACCUGACGGAACAACCGAUCAAGCCACUAGUGACACGUCCUGGCAAUCUCAUGAAUGCUUCGAGCAUUGUCGGUAUGAACAUGUUUGCUGCGGCGAAAGCGGCCGGAAUCUAUCCUAUGGACGCGACGGAAGCUGUGCCUCAGUCUUCGUCAUCAGACGGCAGUGGUGACCAGCAAGAUGCUGCCGAAAGCGUUACUAGCUCGACAGAUGCUGUGAGCAAGGUUGCACGGGCGUACUCAACGACAAUGGCCCCGGAAGAUGUCGUGAUACCAGCUGGUGAUCCAAUCGAUUAUUCGCUGGGUGUAGAGCAAUGCGGUGCCAGCGAAAGCCUGUUUGUGAGUCUUCUCGAGAAGUACGCAGGGCUGAGUGAAGAAUUCAUGAAACGCAUCGAAGAUGCCUAUUCCACGGGCGACUUUGUAGUGCUGCGACGCGAAAGUCACUCACUCAAGGGAUCGUCAGCAUACGUCGCCGCAGUCCGUGUAUCGAAGGCAGCAUUCCGUGUACAAUUAGCUGCUGGGCACGUCAUGGAGGAGACUGCUACGGAGAGGGGUCAUGCCUCGCUUGUGGACGCGCUUCAACUUCUAAAGAGUGAACAUCGCGCAUUGCGUGGCUAUCUGCGACGGAACUUUUCCUUUCGCGCGAGUGCUGGUGGUGGAAGUCAGGAAUCCAAGAAGAAUGGCACUGUAGCAGGUGGCGACAACGCCUGUGCAGUUAUGUGA